CCAGAUGCGACAUCAGAAGAACUCACCGCAAAACUAUCCACUCUGAGACUAAGCGAGGCGAAGAGUGACGAGAGGAAGAGAGAACAAACGGCUGGAAAAGAAGGGAACCAAAUGCAACGGGGUAAAAAUUCGACUAAAAGCAGUGAAAAAGGAAGUGAAAAAUGAAGAGAAAGCAACGAUGACAGAGGCGUGGAAGUAAAGGGCACAACCGUCCUUUAACUGUGGAAAGCAGGAAUGAAAACCAACAGAAGGAAAACUUUUAAGGGCAAUUUCGCCAUUUUACUGCUCUAAAACAGUACCACCGAGUUUGGGGGUUUUAGUAUAUAUAGAUGUGCAUUGUUUGUUUUUUCCUUCAAAGUAAUAUAAUAUGAGUGUGAGGAUUUAGUGUAGAUUUCAACCCCGGAACUCAGGACCGGCCAAGCUCUCCCCAAACCUGCAAUGGUGUCCAAACUAGCUAGGAAGGACUCUAGAAAACCUGAGCCGGACCGUCCUGCAGCGAUUCUAGAAACUCCAGAGGCUAUAGAGGCUAUAGGCGAAAAUUUGUGGGAAACUGCUUAUGGACCGAUUCGGCGGCCUUUUACAUUGUUUGGAUUUCCUCGUGCAUCGAGUCAACAAGAUAUCAUUGGAAUUCCUCGUGCAUUGAGUCGACAGACUCCUCCACCAAGUUGGCAGCGUCCUCCACUGAGUCGACAGACUCCUAUUGCCAGAAAUUUGUUUGGAACGGAACCAGAUUCAGAGCGUCGUAUCUUUGGAAUUCCUCGUGCAUUGAGUCGACAAACUCCUCCGCCAAGUUGGGAGCGUCCUCCACUGAGUCGACUGACUCCUAUUGCCAGAAAUUUGUUUGGAACGGAACCGGAUUCAGAGCGUCGUACACCGAUUUUGGAGGCUUAUGUGAUUUCAGAGUCUCCGUCUAGCUCGGAGACGAAUAGCAAUGAGACGAGAGUGGUUCUGGGGUCUCCAUCUACCUUGGCUGAUCGUAUAUUGAAUUCUUAUAAACCAAAUGUUUGCGAGGAGUUUAGGCUAACAUAUAAUCCUGAAUAUAUGAAUUGUAUAAGAAGAAAUUUUGAUGACUUCAACCUCGGUACCACUUCGUUUCCAACUCUAAAAGAGGUUUUUCCAGAAACCUACACCGACUAUCUUGAGGUAACCCAUAUUCCCUCUCAUCGUUUAAUACGACAAAUCCAAGAUAAACUAGGUGCAAUUUGUCUGUCCUAUAACAAUAAGAAGUUUGAGGAGUGCAAAUUUGUCCUGCCAAGCCGCCAUCCUAAAUACCAUGUAUACAUUCCUGAAAUUGAUCGAAUCGUGUUGCGUCUCUGUAAACAAGAGCGCAUGUUCGAAGUUUCGUCUCAACAAUCAAGUUUUCUGGGGACUUUUGAGGUUCUACGCAUAGUGGUUAAUCUCUUGAUAACUGAUUCUUUUCUUACGAAGCGCGGCUUAUUUUAUCAAGCUCCAUUGUUAUUCGGUAAACAAAGAGUUUCAGAUAACUUAAUUGAAGAUGUGUCUUGCAUGUUAGAAUGCAGCCGCGAAAGUCUCCAUAUUACCGCUGCAAAGACUGGUCAAGUCAUUGGUGAUUUACGGUUUGAUGAAGCUGAUGACAAUGAAGUCCGUUGUGACCGUGGAAUUCAAAUUCCAGAUGAUGUAGAACAGAUAGAAAAUACAAGGACUCAAAAUGCCAAGUUUAUAUUGUUAGUGGAGAAGGAUUCCGUUUUCAAUAUUUUGAAGAAGGAAAAAUUUUGCAACAAUGUUGACUGUAUUGUUAUUACUGGAGAAGGACAGCCGUCGGUCAAUACAAGAUUGUUUUUAAGGAUUAUUCAAAGAGAGUUGAAGCUUCCCAUUUUCGGUGUUUUCGAUUGUAAUAUCAGGGGAUUUGAGAUGCUGUCUAUCUACCGUUGGGGGUCAAGAAAUAGGUCUUAUGAGAGUGAAAGAUUGGCAAUACAUGAUAUACAAUGGUUGGGUUUACGACCAUCACAGUUGAAAUCAUAUAAGAUACCAACAAAGUGCAUUCAACCCCUCAAAGAAAAGGAUUCUACAAAAGCCUUUAAGAUGUAUAGUGAAUUGCCGUGGGCAAGAGACACAGAAUGGCGUCGGGAGCUACUAAUAGUGAUGAACGAUGAGGAAACAGCUGAACUUGAGUCUUUGAAUUUUGACAACCCAAGAGGUGUGGUAAAAUUUUUGAUUGAAAGGCUAAAAGAGAUGGAUUUUAUCGGAAAGCGAUUCGGCAAAGAUAAUUGAUGCUCCUGACUGCGAUUGUAUUGUUUAUGAAUUAUCAGUGAGCCACUAAUUACAUUUUCUUAUCUGUGUUGUGAUUUUGGUGGGGAUUGGGAGAGAAAUCAAGAUGUGGCUUUUGGUGCUUUAUAGAAAUUAAUGAAUUGGUAUAUUAGUUUUUUUGGUCAAAAACUGGUAUAUUUUAAUUAUGCAUGUCCAUUGAUUUUUUUCGGCUCAUCUUACCUUAUCGGCGCCAUCUUCUUCCUUCUUUAGAUUCUCCGAUUGAUUUUUUAUUUUUUUUGUCUGAAAUUUUAAAUUAUCGAGUUAUGAUGAGAUCAGAAAUGAAUCCAACGGUGAUGGCAGAGCCCUGAUGUGCUCCGCAGUUGAACCCCACGGGGCCUUCUCAGUCGCCGCCACCGCUCGCUCCAAUUUCCCGACCCCCUCAUCUCAACCCUGCUGCAAGGUCCUCUCUCUAGGUUUGAAUAAUUGCUGCGUCUUGUGUUUGGUUUCUGAGAAAAUGGAAGAAAAAAUGAAAUUUGGAAAACUAUUGUGUAAACUGACUAGUCUUAUGCUGCUAAUUAAUUUCAAUUAAUGUGAUAAUCUAGUGUGUAUUUUGUUUCAGAGGCUGCGGUUAGGGCAUUUGGGUGAAAUAGUUAGUUUGAAAUCUCAGGGUUUUAUGAAAAAUUGUAAAAUUGCAGGGAUUGAAGUUAAUGUGGAUAAAGUUGAAUUAUUUAGAGAUUGAUGUGCUUUGCAGCUUGGGUCUUAUGUCGUUUAGCGAGUUGUUGCUUAUUGCCAUGCUGUGUGAUUUCAGUUUUGCCCAUUUCAGUGUUGUAUAUAAUUUUUCGUCCAACUGAUAUUAAUAACACAAUCAUUUAGGAAUUUUGACUGUAAAUAAUGCUUGCUUGUGGCCGGAUUGGUUUCUAAUCGAGCAAGCAUUUACUUAUACCGGUGCGGCAUUUAUGAAGUUGUGCCCCCUUAGAUUCAACACAAAGUAGAACAAAGUAGCUUUUAGACCUACUGCAAAACGGAAAGGCUCUUCCUUGAGGGUCGUUAGAUCAGUCUUAAAUAAUCGGAAGUUGAGCAUUAGUGACAAUGGAGCUUCUGAACCUGCGAGGAUUCUUCUCGAGAGGUUGUUUGCACAGACACAGAAACUGGAAGAACAGAUGAACAGAAGUAGGGACAUUGAUUGUACAUCCUCUGAUCCUGGUAGUGGCCCACGGGUAGGUUAUCUGACGUGUUGUCGCAGGCAGACAUUUGGCUAGAACGUGCUGAGCUGCUCCAAAGCCUUCUAGGAUCCGGAACAGCUGCUUCCCUAGAUGAUAUUGCCGAUAAGGAGUCAUCUCCCCAUCUCCGUCAUAGGCUGAUUGUGGAUGAACGGUACAGCAUGGCUGUAUAUACAUGCAAAAAGUGCAGGGUAGAUGGACUUUGGUAGUUAAGUCUGUUGCUUUGUUUAACUGUAUAUUUUUUCUUUGGAAUGAUUAUGUUAUGAAUGUGUGGGGCUUCUGUCAGAUUGAUGUUGUCCCUGUUGCCUGGGGACAUGCUUUGAUUUGGCAGCACUAUGCACAAGCUCAUGUAAAGUUCAAGAUUCGGCUGCAGCACUAUGCACAAGCUCGUGUGAAGUUCAAGUAUGUUUAGUUUAGAUUUGGCAUGAAAAAGGAUAUGGAACCUUUUUAAUCAAUAAGGAUGAGUUUUGCUUUCCCUUCUACUCUUGCUCUCCCCUCUUGCCCCCCCCUUCUCUUUUUGUUAUAUCUAUAUGUUCAUGUUUAUCCUUGCUGAGGUAUGUAUGGUACAGGUGCUUAGUAAUGCUUCCACAUAUUGUGCCAAAUAUUUUGCGGGUGCUGUGUGAUCUAGUGUUUGAGACAAUUUUGUCCAAGUUCUAAGCCUGGAGUUUUAUAGCUCUUUCUAUUUUCCAAUGGGAGUUUUAAGCUCUUCAACUGAAAAUGUUGUUUAUUACUUAUACUAGGUUAUUUUACCUUUAAAAGAACAGAUAGACCAGUGAGGCUUUUAGAAUUUCUUCUUCAGCGGACAGGAAGAUUGAUAAUAAGCAUGAUAAUCCGUGUUAAUUUUCAAUUUCUGUGUAAACUUGAGUUAGGAGAAACUCAACUCCAUACAGAGUCAAUCAAACUGAGAGUAACAGGAAAAUCUCAUCUUUACUCACCAUUGGGCUUGUUUGCCAAUAGGAAGAAAAAUUAGGUGUUUGUUAAAUUUGAGAUGAGGCAUCUCUUGGUACCCAUUUGGUUUUGGAUCGGUGUUGAUUGAGACUGUCCAUUUCCAUAAUGGCUAUACUGUGAUGAAACCUCAUGUUCUAUACAGUGCAUGCAUGAUACAUGAUGUAUAGAUAUAUUAUGAUUGACAUCUCUUGUUGUGGUCCUGGGAUGGCAGAGAGGCACUGUAGUGUUGCUCAUGUAUCAGGUCCUGGUUAUGUUAAUUGAGUUUAUUCUAAACAUGAUUCUAAACAUGAGAGUCUUGCAUUCCAAAACACUUCUGCUCAUGUAUGGGGCACCUUUAGUCUAUUAUGUGCACUGGAAUUUAGAUUCUAAUAAUAAAUCUGUGCUCAUGUAAUGAACACACUUUUCUGAAGCUGUCAUUGUGUAUAAACUGGAAAUGCAAAUUAUAGUGCAGGUAUGAACAUUUGGCUAAAAGUGCACCAACAAUCUUGGAUGAUUCUGUUUCUGCUGAUGCAUAUCUCAAUGUAUUGCACAUGCCUACUAUAUUUCCUCGUUCAGAGCGAUCCAGGCGUUCUCACGAAUCUGCCAAUAGAAUUCCGCUCAUAUUUCGGACUUUGAAGAUGGACCUCUCAGCAACUUAGACAGCAUACGAUAUAUGUUGAAUGUGCCAACUAUUUACGAGAAGUAAGUUUCACCUUCCUUCUAUGCUCAAACUAGCAUUUUAAGUUUGGUACAUUGACCUAGUAUCUCAAUUUACAGAUUUUGGAUGACAACGAACUGAAUUUAUAAACUGUGUAUGUUGGCAUUUUUUUUACGCUUACAUUCAUCUAGAGUACGAGUUAAGGAUGUUAUUCUCGCUAAUUCCCUUUCCUGUUAUGUUCCCAUGUAUUGUGGAAUUGGUCCCGCCUAAGUUAUCCAAUGUAAUCCUCAAAAAGGCCACCAGGUGUUAAAUCCAUGGCUGAAGUUGCGAGAUCGUAUAAUGAUUCUGAUGGCCCACAUUCGAAAUAUUCACUUUUUGGAAAUCCAAAUGACCCCUGAAACAUUCAGGUCCGAGUGGUUCUUUACUAAAAAAGCAAAGAACCGAAAGAAGACUUUCCAAAUAUAAGGAAAUUAUGAGAAAUAUUUGUUUAUGUAUGCUGGAAUAGCAUCUUUACUAUCUUUGAAGUUUUUACGCAUAAAUUAUCUGGUUUUGGGGAGCAUAUUAAACAGAAAUUUCCCCUAUUGCAUUGGAGGGAGGGGUUGUUAUGGGUGGCAAGUCUGUUUAUCUUUUGAUUGGUUUUGGGAUAAUGUUGUCAUCAUGCUGCUGGCAAAGAAAGGCGACAUUACCGUUUCCAGUCACUGAUUGCUGUGAUUUAACAGAUCGAUAGACGAAGGAAACCUCAUGGAUGCUCUUGCACUAUCUUAUCACUUUCUACGUAAUAGAGCUUCCAAUUACUUCAGCUAAUCAUUGAAAGUGGGGAAGAAAAUCAGUCAGUCCCUGUACAAUCUAACGGUUAUGGAGGGAGUAGCAUCUGGAGCAAUAGUUGGCAGUAUUGUCUGCGGUUGAAGGGUAAACAAGUGGCUGUUAGACUUGCUCUCAAAUAUGUAAUGUCAUGGGUAUAUAAGUUACCUGGUGAAUGUUAGCUCAAAUGAAUUGUACUAGUAUAUCUGUUUAUGGCUCCCAUCAUCUUUGAUCAGAUUUGUUACAUUUGCAAGCAGCAUUUUGUUCCAGUAAUGAAAAUGUUCUUAUUUGAUAAUUCAGCCUAUAAAUGUGGUUCUAGUUUCUCAUAAAAAAAGCACUUAUAUACAUGGUCAUUUGUUAAUUUCAGAUAUUGCAGGAAGGUUUGAGUCUAUUUUUGGUCCUUGAAAAUGUCUUGUUCCUGUAAGUUGGGAGUAAAUUCUCCUGUCAGUCUCUCUGAGCCUCAUUAUUGUUAGUCUUUCCAUGGAAUCACAUGCUGUGAAUCAUCCAAAUCCUUCUCCUAUGUUUACAGUCUCAUUAACUGAGGUGUGGUUAAUGGUGUUACAAAUGCACUAAUUAUUAUAUUAGAAUCAUUAUAUUCUUAUUUCCAUAGAGUUUAUUGUAGUCUUACAAAUUUUGUUUCAGGUAUAUGCAUAGAAGGAAACUGGAUGCUGAUUUGGAUGUUCUCACAAUGUGUAGCUGCCGCCUACCUCAAAGUGAUUCCAUUAGGAAGGAGGUACUGCUUUCAUAUUUGAUAAAUUGUGUAUAUUCUAUUAAUGCUAAAUUGAUGUCUUGAUUACUUUAAGCUUGAUAAAGGUUUUAUAUGUUGCAUUAAUUUUACUUGGUGAACCGUAUCUUUUUGUUGUUGAUGUGAUUUUUUGGAUGCUUCGGUCAUACUUAUGAGACAAGCUUUGCAGAGGUACAGCCACAUUCUAAGUGCAGAUGAGCAGAGGUUAUAAUUCUGGCCUCUUUGGACUGAUGUGAAUGGUAAAAAGGUAGAACAUAUGGGAGCAUCCAUGGCAUAUGUUAAUUCUGGCCCUUUGUACUGAUAUGAAAAGUAAAAAAGUGCAUGGGAUUUGUGUGUUAAUCAGAUGAAAAAUGUGCUGAGGUCCCAACAAUUGCCUGAGAAUGCGUUAUGGAAGUAAUUGGUCAAGCGUAUCAUGCCACAGAGACGCUUGUACAGAUUGCAGUAUUAUUUAUCAUGGCAUGCUUGUGGGUGGUAGUGAUUUCUCAAGUAAUUUUGAAAGAAGUAGGGACAUUGAUCGUACAUCCUCUGAUGCUGGUAGUCAGUCCACGGGUAGGUUAUCUGAAGUGUUGUCGCAGGCAGACAUUUGGCUAGAACGUGCUGAGCUGCUCCAAAGCCUUCUGGGAUCCAGAAUAGCUGCUUCCCUAGAUGAUAUUGCCGAUAAGGAGUCAUCUCCCUGUCUCCAUCAUAGGCUGAUUGUGGAUGAACGGUACAGCAUGGCUGUAUAUACAUGCAAAAAGUGCAGGGUAGAUGGACUUUGGUAGUUAAGUCUGUUGCUUUGUUUAACUGUGUAUUUUUUCUUUGGAAUGAUUAUGUUAUGAAUGUGUGGGGCUUCUGUCAGAUUGAUGUUGUCCCUGUUGCCUGGGGACAUGCUUUGAUUUGGCAGCACUAUGCACAAGCUCAUGUAAAGUUCAAGAUUCGGCUGCAGUACUAUGCACAAGCUCGUGUGAAGUUCAAGUAUGUUUAGUUUAGAUUUGGCAUGAAAAAGGAUAUGGAACCUUUUCAAUCAAUAAAGAUGAGUUUUGCUUUCCCUUCUA